UUCAGGUAUUGUCUCCAUGGCAACAAUUUAGGCUGUAAACAUUAAACACUUAAUCUCCAACAACACGUAGUUAAUCCAAAAUAGUGUGUACCAGAAGUGUAUAUACUGAGGGGAGUGUGUGUUUGUUCAGGCUCAGGAGUUCAGCGUGGCGUGUUUGGCAUCAUCGGCACAGUCAGUCAAGAAGUUGUGUUUGAGUUGUGCAGGCUUGUGUCACCUGACUUAAAGAAGGCUUUCUUUGAAGGGCUUGAUCAGCACCUCCCACGGCUCCUGCAGUUGUACAACACCGAGAGGCAGUGAAAUACCCGAAAUCCAACAUGUGAUGACCCGCAUUGAUCAAGAGACAGGAGCCUGUGGUUUCCUACUCUGAACGCUGUUCGAGACAUGUCGACUUCAGGAGGCCCCACUCCGCCCUUCACCACCCUGUCAGUCACCCACCCAGCCAAUCACAUCACUCCUGUAGAGCUGCACCGACCAGAGAAACACAACGCCAUGAACUAGGCCUACUGGAGUGAAAUGAUCGAAUGCUUUAAUCAGAUUGCUGAAGACUCAGAGUGCCGUGUGGUGGUGUUCUCGGGUGCAGGGAAAAUCUUCACUGCAGGCACGGAUGCUGAUCACAGAGGAGAGCCUGAUGACCACGAUCGUCCGCACACUCCAUGAUCACCUGAAACGUCGAGACCAGCAGGGACGAUUUCAGUUUGAACUCUACAGUGCACAAAAGAUAUGUCCUGAUUAGCCGUCCAACAGAGUGGACCGACAAGCUCAGGGAGAAGUUUCUGGAAGGACUUGAUGCUUUCUUGGAGCUGCUCAAGUGCAUGCAGUGUGUUUGGUAUGGACCCAGUAGUACGCGACGUGGACCAAGACAUAGAGAUGGAACCAUUGUGGGUGACAGCCUUCACAUUGCAGAUGAAGCUCACACACAUUAUCUCAGUGAUGCAAGAGUGGUGUGCCAGUGAUGCAGAGGAAGCUCAGCGAAAGCUUAAGAGACAGAAUGGAGAGGACCCAGCCCUGCCUCCAUUCUGCCCACUGUUUGCCAGCUUGGUAAACAUUCUGCAGUGUGACGUGCUGCUUGGCAUGCUGGGAGCUGUGCUGCAGUGGGCUAUGGAGCUCAGUGGAGGACACUGGUCUGAGUCCAUGCUGCAGAGGAUGGUGGUUAGCAUUAAAACGAUGCGCGAGUGCACAGCUGCUGCAGCUCCCUGUGAAGGAACAGGGCACUGUCACAAGGAGACUGUGUGGGACAAAGACAAAGCAGAGAGAAAAAGGAAAGCUGAACUGUGCUGGAAAAAGACCAUGGCUCAAACAUUAGAGAGCCAGAGUCAUUUUAUCAAUAAGUACAUAGAUCUGCUCAAGCAGGAUUCAGAGGAUCUGGACGCCUCAGCCUCUACAUCAGCAGAGCAUAGCCCCAGUUCAUGUGACGGUGCUCUGGUGUGUGUGGGACCUCGUCGUUGGCGUGCCAGAGGAGGAGAGAGGAGGCAGAUGGAGAUGUGUAUCCUGUGUCACGAAGCGCAGGAGAUCCUACCUGAUGGCACCGCCAUGGUGCUCGCUGCCUUUGUCCAACGCUCUACGGUCAUGUCCAAGAACCGCAAAAGACCCCCUCACAAUCCAGAGAGCUAUGAUCCCCUCUUCAUGCACCCUGACCUGUCCUUUGGUACCCAUACCGGCAGCUGUGGCCACAUCAUGCACUCUCACUGCUGGCAGAGUGAGCUGAUCAUCGACACAAAGCAUGAAACGAAGCUUGCUAUGUGCACUUGACUAUUUUUCACUGUCUUGGAUCAAGCCAGUGUUACUUUCAUAGUCUGUAAACUUAUUGCGCCUCAUGGGGAAGCAAAGAACGUUAACCUGAUCUGACCUUAGGAGUAAGUGCAGUGAGUAUCAAAAGCUAAAGAAAUCAGGUGAUGGAACUUGUUACGCUUGGUAAUCUUGUUUUUUAUGUGGACACGCAAACUUUUUCUGCCCAAUGUUCCCACAUUCGAAGGACCUUGUUCAUUCUUGUUCAUUCUCGAUGCCGCCACAAUGUUUUUGCAUCUAAUAAACUCCCCUACCGCCAUUAACACCUGCUCCACCGAGACCUCAGAGCUCACCUCACACCGCACCCCGUGAUGGAGUGAGAGAGGCCGGGCUCCACCGCUCAGGUGAGCCGCCAUCCCUACACUCCGCCACGAGAUCAACAGCUCCCCGCAGCAAAAAAGAAAACAACUAAUAACACCGCUUGCUUGCUAAUACUAAACCAAAAGCAGUCAAAACGUUCCAUAAGUAGGUAUGCUCAACCCUGUCGCAAGCCUUUUCCUGGUCAAUUAAAACCAAACCACAUUCCAAAUUAAAAAUCCUUCCGACCUCUACAACAUCCCUAAUGAACGAAACGUUGUCGUGAAUGACUCGACCCGGCACACAGUAGGUCUGGUCCGGAUGGAUCACCUCUUCCAUGACUAUACUAAGUCGGUUUGCCAAUACCUUAGAGAGCAGUCGGUAUUCCACACAGAGAACUGAAACAGGUCUCCAUGAUUUUAUGUCGUGUAGAUCUCCUUUUUUGGGCAACAGAGUCAAUACUGCUCUGCGACAACUGAGUGGCAGCCGCCCCGUGACUAAACUGUCACCCAGUACCUCCAGUAGGUCUGCACCCAUGUCAGGCCAAAAAGAUUUAUAAAAGUCAGCCGGUAGACCAUCGAUCCCUGGUGCCUUGCCACUCUCCAUACCCUGGAGGGCUCGUAGCAGUUCCUCUAGGGUCAACGCCCCUCCGAGGUCUGCAUGUGUUUCCUCUGACACCUGAGGGAGAUCCUUCAAGAAGACGUUAUCAUGGGCCUCAUCAUCGGAGAUUUCACACUUGUACAGUUCCUUGUAGAAACCGACUGCUCUCUUUCGAAUUUCUCUAUGGUCCCCUAAAAGUGUCCCUUCAUCAGAAAACAGGCCAUGUAUCAUCUUAUUCUGACCAUUCUUUUUUUCCAAAUUAAAAAAGAAUUUCGACGGUGCAUCCAUACACUCCACAUUCUGAAACCGUGACCUGACCAGAGCUCCUUGUGCAGUAACGUCUAGCAAUUUAGUCAAUAAACUCUUUUUUGUUCUUAAAUUUUCUAUGCAUACCUGCCGUCCUGUGUUUUUCAUGAACUCUUGAAGCGCCAUUAUUUCGUCCUCCAAGGAUUUCAUGCGUAGAGUUGUGUCUCUCGUGACAUUGGAGGUAUACUGUUGACACAGCUGUUUAAUUUGCGUUUUGGCAAAAUCCCACCACCGCUGCACUGAUUUAAAAGAACCCUUUGUGAGUAGUUAUAUCAUACACUUUCUGUCAAACUGUCAAUCAAAGUAGUGUGUUUGAUAAUUUAUGACCCUCUGUGCUUCCCUGACUGGCAGGUCUGUAGGGGUGGUGAGGGGGGUAACCCUAUGGAGUGUAUCAGCUGGUCGAUCUGGCUCCUUUGUGUCUGGGGGUGUUGUGGAGAGGUGUG